UCCAUUCCCCUCAUCGAAGAUGCCACACGCCUUUACACUUCACGCAGCAUUGCUGCCUUUGUUGAAUCACUUCGCAUGUCCAUAUAACCAUUUAUUUCAUUCUCUCUCUUUUAUUUCUUGAUUCCUUCCAACCUGUUUCGCUUGUCAAACAUCUUUUCAGCAAUGAAACAUCUUGCCAUACCGUUCGUUUCAUUGUUUCUGGCGCUGGCCGCCGUCCCAUUCACAGCCGCAGAACGAGCCUGCAACAAUGCCCCUGAGCUGUGUGACACCUCGUACGAUCAGGUUACACAUCUCGGAGCGCAUGACUCGCCGUUCUUGCGCGAUUCUUCGACAGGAUUCUCCUCGUUCGGCAACCAGUUCUUCAACAGCACCGUACAGCUCGAUGCUGGCGUUCGGCUGCUAACCGCGCAAAUCCACGUCGCCUCCAACAAAGACACAAAUGCUCGAGAAAUACACCUAUGCCACACAUCAUGUGGGCUGUUCGACGUAGGAACCUUCCAGGAAUGGCUGUGGGAAGUUCACUUGUGGAUGGCCGCGAACCCCAACGAGGUGGUGACGCUGGUCUUGGUGAACAUGGAUGGCAUCGGUGCAGUCGAGCUUGAAGGCGAGUAUGCACGAGCAGAUGUUGCGCAUUUCGGAUACGUGCCGCCAGACAUCAGCCACGCUCCUGCACCAUCCAGCGAGUUCAAGAAGACGUGGCCGACCCUCGGAGAGAUGAUCGACAAGGGCGAACGGCUCGUCACUUUCGUCCAACCGCUGAACCCUGACAAGAUGAACGCGCCGUAUCUCCUUAACGAAUUUGACUUUGUCUGGGAGAACGCAUACGAUGUGCGCAAUGCCUCGCAGUUUGCCUGCAAGCCUGACCGACCUUCCAACACAACCACGAUCGAACAAGAGCGCGACUCCGGCAAACUGUUCCUGAUGAAUCACAUGCUGUACUGGCAGCAGGCCAUGGGCAUCGAAGUUCCGGACAUCCGCAACAUCAACGACACGAACUCCUGGGACAGCACAGGUGGGCUUGGUGAGCACAUGACGGCGUGUGGACAGCAGGUCGCUCGACAGCCGACGUUUGUGCUUGUUGACUUCUUCAACGUUGGACCGGCGAUCAAGGCGGUAGACAUCUUUAACAACGUGGACCAACCUGUUGGCCGGAAGAACGUGACAGAUGAGGUCAUCGAAGGAGGCGCGGGCAUGAACUACUACGUUAACGGUGGUGAGAAGAUGGACAGUAAUGCAUGGGUUGCGCUGGUCGUGGCCGUGCUUGGGAUCGUUCUUUGUACAUAAAUUGGUGGCGUCGCUGUGAAUAGUGGAACAGUAAAGGUGUCAGCAGCACUGCGAAUGUAUUUAUACCGAGAGAAUG